AUGUUUUUGUGAAAUGCAUCAUCAUAUAAUCCACGAAAGCGAGCGAGUGAGUGAGAUGCCGCAAAGGUUUCUGGGAAUGUAGAGGGAGCCAUAUUUUUUCCAAUAUCAGUUACGCGAAAACAGCGUACGUUUUAACAAUUACGGAAGGAAUGUAGUCGUAGUAUAUUCAAGUGUUGUCUGUCAACCAGCGGAGAGUUAAUAUAUUCAUUGAAAACGUCUAAAAGUUGAAGUGAUUGGUGGAAUAUUGAAAUGAACAUGAAAUAAUAGUGGGCACUCGGAAAUCUUGUUGCAAUCAAGUUUUGAGGUCGGUGAUAAUAAUUGUCCAUCUUGACAUAGCCUGAAAGUGAGCUCCGGCGUAAAGAGGAAGAGUGUGGUGCGCGAGCCGCGCAGAUGUUCAAAGUCGUUCGGUGUAUAGAGGGUUAGUUAGCUUAAAUCCAAGUUCAUACGGUGGUCGUGCUGGCACGGGGCAACAACGGUGGUGGUGGUGGUAGUGUUGACAGUGCAUUUCGAAAAAGUGGUGUUGAGUGGUCGCGUAUAGUGAUGAUCGGUGUUCAACUGCCGUUGUAAUAAUAUGACAUACACGUCAUAACAAUUUGAAAAAAAUAAGGUUUUGUAAAGAAUUUCUUCCCCGAUACGAUAGUUUUUAUUCUUGUCACGACAUCCUUGAAAAUUGACUCCCCAUUAUUGUGAAUCGUUUCGGAAAAAAUUUUUCAGAAUCUGUGGAGAAUCAAAAGAGAACAUUGCGUGCUUAAGUUAUACGAGAAAAAGGUUUCUUUUGGAGUACGGUAUUUUGUAUUUUAGCGGUCAAUCAAGAUCUUCCGACGGCGCUAUUGGGAUCAUUUAAAGUGCUUUUUUUGAGUGCGUGUGGUGUGAAUACCAGUCGGUAAAUUGAGAUUAAGUGUUAGUGUUUCGAAUUUUUUAUCGCGUGUGAUGUCAAUGGGAUUCGCGGUUCGCGCCACAGAUCGUACAUAUGCAUCUAAUGCACAGUGCUGGUCGCUACACCUUAGAGGAUGCCGCAGGUGCUAGAAGAGUAUCGGGGGCGUGCGCUGUGUGUUCCAGUGAUGUCGGUGGCGUGGAGCCCAGCACUGCUGGACCUGGAUCAUGGCCGGCAAGCCUGAACAGCCUCCUUAUUCAGUUCCCCCAAAUCAGAGUGAACGGCAUCCCCAGCAGCCGCAGCCUCAGGGUGUUCAAGAGAACAGCGUUUUAGUUUACGUAUCGGGGGAUAAUUUGGCAUACGCAAGUGCUGUCGGGCAGAAUGUUGUUGCCAGCGCUGGUACAGGUUACCAGCAUCAACACACUCAUCCACAGCAACAGCAGUCGCACCAACAACAACAACAACAACAACAACAACAACAACAACAACAACAACAACAACAGCAGCAGCAACAUCAUCAUCAACAAGGACCCUACAUUACUGGUUUGUUGCCCCAAGUGGCUUGCGGCGGAUAUCCCACGAAGGCGGCGACGCUACCUUCGUCAGCGACGCACGCAAUUGACGUCGUGGGCACAAACUGCUGUAGGGGUCAGUUCCUAAAAACCUCAGAGUACGUCAACUCAGAGGUGGGAAAUCAGCAGAUUGAUUGCCAACCAGAAAGGACGUUGGUAUGGGGAAAUGGCCCAAGAUACGGAGCUGGAGAAGGUGCGACUUUAUACAAUUCAUGUCCACAAGAGCGACCUGUCGUUUGGGGAAAUGUCCCGCGAUACGGAAACGAGGCUGCUGCUGGAUUAACAGGACUGAACGGUAUCGCUCAGGAACACGGCUUUCAAGGGAAAAUGAUACCUUCGGCGGUUCUCGAUGAUGGGACCAACAGUGUCACCUAUCCCGUGCAGGUAUCUCGAUUGCCCGAGGCCUAUGUCGCCAACAAAAGGAUUGCGUUUACUUCGAAUACCUCGGAACAGAGUGUAGUUGAUGGUUGCGAGGGUGUUUACGGUGGUGAAAAUAAUGUGAGAAUCGCAUUUGUGCGACAAGGUGUCUAUUCUGCUGAUGGGGAUGAACUCCAACUUCAUAAUAAUGAGAGGAAUAAUCAUCGUGUUCAGGGACAGGAAUUAAUUGAGAAGCAAAUUAAUUUUGGCUCUAAUUGUUCGGGUAGUGUUGGACGUUGUGAUUCAGUUCGAUCGGAUACGGCUGAAUCAACUUGCAGCAGUCUAAGCAGUCAGGAGAGCCAAAGUCAAUUGCAUGAUCCUAAUAACGUCGUGACAAAUAGUGCUUACGCGCAGCAGGCUGUGCGAUCAGCUUCGCAGCUAUAUCCUCAUCUUAAUGUUAUGGCAUCCAAUAAUGUGAACCCAAGUGCAGUGCCGCAACGACAACAGAGACAGCAGCAACAACAUCAGCAGCAACAACAACAGAUUACGCAACAGCAACAACAUGUUACGCAACAUCAAGCGAAUAUCUCUAUUCCGCCCGGGUGGAAACGGAUCUGCACUAAUGGAGUCAUCAUAUAUAUCAGUCCAAGCAGUACGGCGCUGGGUUCGCUGGAUCAACUGAAGGAGUACCUGACAACAGCGGGAACUUGCAAAUGCGGUCUUGAGUGUCCGUUAAGGCCUGAACAGGUCUUCAACUUUGACCCCAAGGUGGCGACACGACCUUGGAGCCCAAAUCAGGGCAAAGUUCGAGAAAUGACGAAACUCUGUAACCACAAGAGGAAACUUUUAAUGCCAGCAACUGCAGCUAGUCCUGUUGCGUCAACAACACCAAUUGUCUCAUCAUCGACGGCACCAGCUGGACAUGUUCACGCUACCGACGAUGCUCCAACUUCGACGGAUAAAACGAAAUCAGAUGGCUUUAGCAAGAAAAAGAAGAGGAAACUAGGAAAUAUGGGACCACUUUAUCCGGGAGGGCCUGUUCGUUUCCGAAAUAUGGUUUUGGACCAUUCCACUCCAAGUUCGGGCGAUGAGUUCGCGGAGAAACAGACUGGGAAUCAAAUCGGCUCCACGGUCAACACAAGUGGACCAUCCUUCUUGGACGAUCCAAGUGGUUAUCUAGCUCAGCAGACCGCUCUCCUAAAUAGCACAAUAUCCCGACAGACUGGCGUCAGUAGUUCGCAGGUCACGGUCCACAAUUCGAAAUUACCCCAAACGACGUCUAAUUCUCAUGCUUAUCUUCCACAACCAAAGCCUUCCUCAAUCACAAGUCCCACCAGUUCGAGAUGCUGCGACAUGUACGACAACAAUUAUUCCUCCCGUGUGUACAGCUCGAUGAAGAACAAUCCCACAUCGCCGGUUGUGGUGCACAGCAGCAUGACACCCAAUUCGGGUAGUAACACCAGUGAUUCCGACUCGUCCCAACGCUGCGUAUCGAGCGGCGAUGCACAAUCAUCGCAGGACCUGUACAAAUACCAAAAUCGGCAGUACAUGCUACAUUCCGAUCAAUGCGAAGAUCCGGUAAUUUCCUCAACCUUUAGCGAGAGAUUCUCAAAUCAGCAAACUGACUCAAGGCCGAUUCAAGGGGGAACCGUGAGCACGAGUCACGGAUCACCGAUUGGAACCAACAGUCCCGAGACACCGACUUCUUUAACCUCCUGCAUUUCCCAACCUGAAACUCCACAGAGUCUGAUAUCCUCUCAACCGUCAACUCCCCGUAGUUACUCCCAACCUCCCACACCUCACUCUCUGCCGACCCAUGUGCCGCAAUCCUUAACCCCUCAAUUGACUCCUCAAUCCCCUUCAAUCGUUCCUGGACAACAGCCAUCUCAGUCCUCCGUUUACUCCGAAAAUCGAUCUCCCGCAACUCCGUGUCAAACGAACGACGCUUCUCCAAAUAUGUACCAAUCUUCCACUUACAGUUCCGUUUUGGAGGCGCCAAAAAAGACUACCAGGCACGUUCUCGAGGGCUAUCAUCCCCAUCCGCAUACUGUUAAUUCCGGACCUAGGUUGAACUACAACGCUUCAUCUGUGAUUACCACAAUGGCCAGUGGACACACUGUCAGUAGUAACACAAUUACCUCGGUUCUGGCCGGCCGAGCAAACACGGCGACAGUCUCCGUUAAUACACCAUCUGGAAUUCCUAAUCCGGCGAUACCAAAUAUUCUCUCUGGAAAGACCACACAACAGACGCCGCAACCGGUCAAUGUGCCAUACACAUCGGCGGCUCUUUAUCAAAGCACGAUGCCAAUAGUCCAUAGUCAACCACCAAUGACCGUUUCUAAAUCUCCCUUGGAAAUGGUGCAGAGUGUCGUUAGUAGUAUUCAAGUACCCCAAGCGAGCGCUUCUAUACACCAGAACCAACAUCAGAAUCAAAACCAACAUCAAAAUCAGAACCAACAUCCGAACCAACAUUCGAACCAACAUCCGAACCUACAUCCUAACCAUCAUUCGAACCAACAUCAGAACCAGCAGAAUCACCAUCAUCAGCAGAACCAACAACAAAAUGUUCAAGUUCAUAACGUGCUAACAUCUGGAGGAAUUUUGAAACACUCGGUGGGUUCGACACUACCUCCGGGACACAUUUUAGUCUCGAGUGGCGGACAACUAAUAAUGGCUAGCAAUGGUUCGGGAAUUGGCGGCGUAAUGGCGCCACCACCUCCAAAAAUCAUUUCUAACUCAAGUGCCAUGCCACCAUUGUCCGUUUCGCCAAUGGUGACCAACGUCACCGGCGCUGUCAGUCAAGUAAUCCCAGCGGUUGGUGUCGCUCAACAGGUAAUUGGUCAACCAACCGUUCUUGUCAACACAACAAUACAGACCCCAGUUCUCAUACAACCGGGCGUGAUGACUAUGGACGGCAUCAAUCAAAAUGUCCAAAUUCCCCACUUAGCCGUCGCCACCGGCAACGUUCUCCAAAAUGCCCAAUCAAUUAUCGACGCCAAUCAAGAAGUAAGAAACGUAAAUCGCCAAAAUUCCCUACUCUCCCCCGAAUCAGGAAUCACUAAGAAAAAAUCCUACAAGAAACGCAAGAGCAAUUCCCAAACGGUUGCAUCCAUGUUGCACAUUGCUUCCUCACAGCAAAAUGCCGGUAUGUUGAUGCAAUCGCAAUCGAAUUUUGCUCAACAGAACUUCCAAACUCAGAGUCUAGGUGGACCGAUGCUACAAGCACUGACCAUUGUACCCGGAAAAGGCGGAGCGCCAGCCCAGCUGGUAAUGAACGGCCAAACCGGAGCCACUUCCCAAUUUAACACCCAACAGUUAAUAACAAAUCCGCAUCCAACACAACAGAUAAACCUCCUACAACCAGUGAAUUUGCUAAACGGCACAACCGGCAUGGUGCAAAACUUCCCUACAAUUCAGCAAUACAUUGUACCCGGUUUAGGAAGUAUGGUCAUGUCAGCCGAUGGAACAGCGACCCUCUUACAAGACACCGGUAACAUGGGAAUGCAACUACAAAUUCAGAAUGUCAAUGGUCAGAAUGUCCUCACGCCGGUACAGAGUCAUGGCGGUCUUUUUAGUCCUAGUCAAAGUAUCCUAGCUGCUGGACCAGCGGGUAUGGUGAUUAGGGCUGGACAAGCAACCGGUGGGAAGAUUAUUCAGCAACACAGUCCCGGUGCUCAGUUCCUCUCGCCAAACAGUGGUCAAUUUCUCGUCAAUGGCACCACAUCGUUCAACAAUCAAUUGAGUCCAAUACUGGCGAACGUGAGUCCAAAUCAACAAGUAACCUUCAACACUGCUCAGGUUCGUCCGCAGAACAUUCCAGGUCAACAGAAAUUCAUUCAAAUGAAUGGACAAACCCUAAUGGUACCAUGUGGUACAACGCAAAAUAUCGCCGUUUCCUCUGCGCCGAAUCAACAGAACACUACGUUUGUGCAGCAAAAUACGACCAUUGUACAACAGCAGACGACAAUGGUGUCUAAUAAUCAAAUGCCAAGUUUUCAGUCAACAGCCUCGGGGAAUGGAAAUAGUGUCGAUCAGACUAUGAAUCUUGAUCACAAUCAGUAUAUUCUGAGUGGAAUGAUACAAGGGAAGUCGCCAUCACCGAAAAGUACUGUUAAUUCUCCAUCUUCGGAUCAAGGACUCGAGCAACAGCAGCAACAUCAACAACAGCAGCAACAACAACAAUUUGUUCUUGCCAGUAGUAGUACGACUGUUUUGGAGAAAUCCGGACAGGGGCAAAUUUGUCCAUUGAUGGCGAGGCAUUCAGUUUCGACCCAGACGGCCGGUAAUCAGGCGAAUGUUGCGCAGUCGGCUAUGAUGAGGCAGGGAUCACCUCCGGAUACCACGACUCACAGUCCUGGGAAUAGUCAGAGGUCCAACAGUCCUGUGGAUACAACUACUCAUGGAGCUGCUUCGCCUGCACCACCAAUCAACCAAUCAAGCAGAAAUCAAUCCUAUUCUACGCCAAUGGUACAUUGUGUAUCGAGCAGUGAACCAGAUUCCGGCGAUGGGGCAAUGCUGACUGACGAGUGGCGAAUUCAAGGCUCAGCGACAAAGGAAAUUCGAUUGAAUCAAGGUGGACAUCAGAGAAAGACUUACGUCGAGUCAACAGUAACCACUGGGAUCCAGAUCUAUACGAAGCAAGCCGAAGGUGCAGUGAGCACAAUGAGGUGCGAGGGUAAGGAUACCCUCGGCAGGGGAAUCAAGCGAAAGUUGGACUCCAUCCACUCAAUGCAUUCUACUCUGCAUGAAGACCAAGAUGUAGUACCCUCCAAGGAAGAGGGAGAUGCCGCGAAGCCGUGGAAACUUGAAGUCGGUGAAGUGGUUUGGGGCGCAGCUCGGGGAAGUACAGCCUGGCCGGGAAAGGUUGAAUCUUUAGGAGCACAAGGAAGUCUUAUCGUUUGGGUUCGUUGGUACGGGGGCGGGGGCAAUGGCAACAAUCUCAGUCAGGUCGAUGUCAAGACACUGAAAUCCCUAUCCGAUGGCCUAGAAGCUCAUCAUCGAGCUCGAAAAAAAUUUCGAAAAAGUCGUAAACUGAAUAUGCAAUUGGAAAACGCCAUUCAAGAGGCAAUGGCAGAAUUGGACAAGGCCAGCGAGUCUCGGGCUAUUUCGAAGCAAGAGGAAAAGAUAAAAAUUGUGAAUAGCAGCAACAGUAGCAGCAGCAAUGGACAAGGUGCUAAAGGGUCCAAAGUCAGCCCUCUGAUAACAACCUCGUCCAAGGCCGCGGCAAAGAAAAUAACGAAGAAAUCCGCAGAAAACUCCACAAAAUCAGAAAAGAAACAAUACCGGUGACCUUAAAAAAAAUUAUUGUAACCCGGUGAUGACGCGUCAAAGACGUGACUGAUAUAAAUUUUUAUAUAUAUAUAUAUAUAUCCACGAGAAAAAGGACCUUAUGACAAGAGUAAAUAAGGUCCCUUUUCUCGUGGAGCGUCACAUAUAUAUUAAUUAUAUAUAUUAUAUAUAUAUAUAAUUAACUGAUACAUAGAUAUUGUUAAUAUUUUUUUAUUUUCUCCACCAUUAACAUAAUUUGUCAUUCACAUCUUUUAUCAUCGUCAUUUUUCGAUUAUAUUUUAUUUUUCUUUAUUCAUUUGCCAUCGUCAUAUAUUUUAUUUGUAACUAUGAACUCUGACACAUCUUGUAUAUAAUUAGGCCUAAUAUUGUAAAGGAGAGAAUUCCAUUUUUCGCAACAAAAAAUAUAUUAACAAAAAAUGGAAAAAAUACUCACGAAAUUAAUAAAUUAAACUCGUCGGCAAAAGUCACUAUAAAACUCGCGUGUUUUCUUACUUUUAACCCUCCGUCACACACAUGGGAAAAAAUUACGACUUUACACACGUUUAGAGGGAAUCCCUCAC